AUGCCAGUAGAAAAUACAUACCCUGUCAUCCCAGAUCAAAUACAACCAGAAGCUACACAAGCAACUAAAUAUUGCUUGUCUUGCAACCACCCGCUCGACCCAUCCAAUGCUGUGCUCAUGCAGGACGACCACGAUUCUAACACCAUUUGUGCUUGGUGUCGCGACAUGCAGCCACAAAUGCAACCAGAUGAUGAUGUCUUCGCAGUUGAUGAUGUCGGCGCUUCCCUUGUCCGAGCCAUGCCUCCUGCAAUUUCCACCCAGCUGAACAGCGUACCGCUCGUCCAUAUGCAAGACGCUGGCAUCUUUGCCGAUGAUAUGGACAUGGACGAUGUUUCUACACCCAGCUCGACAGUUUCUUCUCUGUGCACUCCAAUUUCUGUGCUAUCUUGCCCCCCCUCUAUUUAUUCCCAAUCGACUAUACCCGCUACCCCGAAACCUGCUGUAUCAUCCAUUCACACUCAUGCUACCACACCUUCAAGACCCCUGUCCCACUCCCGCAAUAACACAUCCACAGAUUCUUACUCUCCUCGUCCAAAUACCUCUUACUCUUCUCCAAACCCCCUUCUCGACGUCACGCACAUCCGUGUGCGCUCUCAAGGCCACCAUUGUUUGUAUCCCGGUGCUGUGUUCCAGGGUACACAGAAAAGUGGCAGGAAUAGUUAUGAAGUGAAUGUCAACAUCGUUGACGUGGAUUUUGCUUCCUCGUUUCUUUGCGGGUACCUCCGUAUCCGCGGCUUGACGGAUGACUGGCCUGAAUUGACUACUUACUUUGACGCAGAAAUCAUAGGCAGCCGUUAUGGAUUCUUGACGCAAAACUGGGGCGCUAAUGAACAAGAGGACAUGGUCCACUGGCAGCGGUUCCCUGCUUUCCGGCAUGUAAAGAACGAGUUGAAAAAGCCUAACCUGACCAUCCCCGACCGCGAUCGUGGAGCAGUCUUUAUGAGAUGGAAAGAACGAUUCUUGGUACCCAAUCAUAGAGUACAAGAUAUCAAUGGUGCAAGCUUCGCAGGCUUUUAUUAUGUUUGUGUCGAUUUCAAUCCCCAGCCACCUACAUCCACAUCCACACUUCGCCCCGUAACGCAGUCUGUUCCGCUCGAGAAGGGUGGAAUUAAUGAUCCGCCGUUGCCCCAUUCACCGUCACUCGGGAAAACGGAGACAGUCCCUGCUUUGCGGAAGCGGAGGGAUUCCAGCGUCAGACGAGGAGGCCGAGGCCUAUCAGUUGGUCCACGAACUCAUCCCCCUGCUGCAACAAUGAGCGGGUUUUAUUUCCAUCAGAACUCAGAACCAUAUCAACAGCUGACUCUUAGUCACGUCCCGGAGCGCUUUAGCUCCAGCUUUGAGUUUCGAUGA